ACAGGGUGACUGGGACCAGGAGAAACUCUGUGGCUGAAAGAGAAGAGAGGGAGAAGAAGGAAGAGAGAGUGAAGAGAGAGCUGUGUGUUUUUGUUGUUGCUGAACAACAUGUGUCUGAGUGUGCUGCUGCUCAUCUUUCUCUCCCAGGCAGAGUUGGGAAGAGUUUGGGCUCAGCAACGAACAGCGAUGCGGUAUCAUGUGAAUGGACAGCAGCAUGAUGAGAGGCCAUCACACAGGACCCCCAGAGAACCGUGGCUGGGUGACGCCAGGGUGGCCAGGGAAGUACUGGGAGGAGGACUGACCAUCGACACCCUACCAGACAACAUGACACACUUAGUGGAGGACGCUGGUAGGUAUUACUCAUGGCGUAGUUUUGGCCCCGAUGACCCGCGCACAGAUGAACUCUGGGUAGAUCUAAACGACCUAGGACAUGGCCAAGUCAGAAUGCAUGGCAUUUUGUCCAAUACACACAGACAGGCUGCGAAGGUUGCCCUCUCAUUUGACUUCCCCUUCUACGGACAUUAUUUGAGGCAGAUUACCAUAGCAACAGGAGGGUUUAUUUUCAUGGGAGCGGUCACACACCGCAUGCUGACAGCAACACAGUACAUCGCUCCCCUCAUGGCCAACUUUGACCCCAGCUUCUCUAAGGAGUCUACUGUGCAGUACCUGGACAAUGGUGAGGUGUUUGUGGUGCAGUGGGAGCGGGUGAGACUCCAUGGGAGGGAGGCAGAGGGGGCAUACACCUUCCAGGCUGCCCUGCACCUCACAGGGACCAUCACCUUCAGCUACAGAGAUAUACCUUUGCCAGUGGAGGUGAUAAGUUCUGCUGAGCACCAAGUGAAGGCAGGGUUGUCAGAUGCAUUCAUGGUGAACCUGCCUUCCCCUCAAUCCUCAGAUGCCCGACGUCGGCUCUACGAGUACCAUCGGGUGGACAUCGAUACAACUAAGAUCACCAACAACUCUGCCUUUGAGUUCACUGCAUUGCCUACCUGUCUGCAGCAUGACAGCUGUGAACUCUGCCUCUCGUCCAACCUAACCUCUGGCUGUACCUGGUGCAACGUCCUCCAGAGAUGCUCAGACGGAAUGGACAGACACAGGCAGGAGUGGCUGGACUACGCCUGUUCAGAAGAGGCAAAAGAUGUCACCUGUGAGGAUUAUUCCAAGGGGGGACCAGACAGCUCUAUUGACCCUUCAGUUCCCUCAGACUCUGAGGUCACCACACCCCUGGGGCCCCUACCAGAAGGCCCUGCCACGGAGAGUAAAUCAAAUAACACCAAACGUGUGAUUCUAUACAAUGGUAAAGACGUGAAGACAGGCCCUCCGAGACAACACGACGGGUCAGCUCACACAGGAGUUAUAGCAGGUGUAGUAGCUGCAUUGGUGCUACUGCUGGCUCUGACAUUGCUGGCUCUUUACAUCAACUCUCAUCCUUCUGCUGCCUCACCACUCUACAUCCUACAGCGACGCAACAGCUACUGGCCCUCCAUGAAGUUCAGGAAGCAGCGAUUCCACUCCAACUACGCAGAGGUGGAGGUCGAAGGUCACGAGAAGGAGGGGAUCAUGGAAGCUGGACAGUGCUGACCGGACUGAGGAGCAACUGGAUGAAGAAGAGAGAAAAAUGAGUUUGUAGGAGAGGAAGGAGAGAGCUUAGAGCUACACACACAUUCCCUACUCCAUUACACAAAUAAUGUUUUUCUGUUCAUUCAUUUUUCAAUAAUCACUUCAAUUUAGUCCCUGUCUUUGUUGGCAAAAAUAUUGUAUAUACUUUUUGGUGGACAAAGUCUUAAACGCUUCUCGUACACAUCCGUGACUCAGGUUUUCGGGAAAGGGACAAAUGAGAAGAGGCCACUUUUAGGCUUUGCUAGAAUUUCUUUGUUGAGUUCCAAGUUUCUCAGCAGGUACGGAUUGCUGUCUCACCAUUUACCACACACCUCCAUGGGAUGUGUAACUGGAAUAAACAGUGAUACAUUAUGGCUAUCAACAUCCAUGGAAAAACACUAUAAAGGAUUCUGUAUCCCUGCACUUCCAUGACAAGAACGAAGACCAGUUGACGAUGUUCUUCAAUGAUAAUCUCUGUACAGUUCAUGUUUGAAUGUUUUGUUCCUGUAUUGCUUUUUUUAUAUACCAGUCAAAAGUUCAGACACACCUACUCAUUCAAGGAUUUUUCUUUAUUUUGACUA